CUUUCUAACAUCUGUUUAUUUGUCUUUGACAAGAAAAGAAGAUUUUAACCGGAUAUUUUCGAUUUUAUUUUAAGUCAAACGUUGUUUUUAAGAGCUUUUGAAGCUAAGCGAUAAAAUACGCAGAGGAAAAUUAACCUUAUCGUGUGUGUGUGUGUUGUGUGUGUGUGUGACGUUAAGUUAAAGGAAGACAGCGACGAGAGACACGUUAACAUUAAUAAACAAUGUGCAAGAUUCCAUCCAGUAUGCAUCAGCACUCGUCAAAGGAGAUUAUGCUUUGGUUCAAGAUUCCUUACCAGCAAUCUUUGGGACCUUAAGGGAUCUAUGUAACCUCAGAAGUUCUCCCUGCUGCACAGGCAUACACACCUGACAAGUAAAAGACAAAGUAAACACUAUCCUUGUGUGUAUUUAUCAUGUAGACAAGCGGACAGAGAGACAGACAGCCAAAAAAAGCAAAGUGACAAGCGGGUGGACGGCGAGGUCCCUCACACAGGUCACGAUGCCAGACGAGUCGCAGAACUUUCAGGAAAAGGGGAGGCCUGGAGAAGAAGCACCGCAGGUGUCUUUAGAGCCGGACAUUAUUGUAAUCUCCAGUGAUGGAGAGGGAAAAAUCACUGGAGGCAAAAUCCUGGAGCUUGACGACUUCAGUAAAACAAAAUCAACACAAAGCGGUUACAUUAACACUCGGCAGCGAGGAAAUGACGUAGAGCUUGGUGUGGCUAAAACAGUGCAGGCUGCUGAACCUCUCAAUUCUUUGUUGAAGGGAACAGGUGUGACCCCGCAGGCUACAGAUCAUGUUGCUCUGGUCAGCUCAUCUGAUAGGCUACAAACUGACAACAGUAACUCAUUGCAAACAAAAGGCUUCAGUGACACUGACUACAGCAGCACACAAUCCAACCCUGCCUACACUGGUUUCUGCACUGACCUUGGUGAAGAGAUAUCUGAGCUCGAUGGACGCUCCUUUGAAGAGAUGAAACAUAUCUCUCGUGUCAAUUUAUCUGAACCCAGUUUAGACACUUCUAACAAAAACACUAAACAUAGUCCGGACGAUGAUCGAGGCGAGUCCAAAACAGACUUUGUGGGUAAAUCAAGCGCCAGUUCACCCACAUCCUCUGACGCUACAUUCAAUGUCGGCCAAACAAGGGACAGCAUCGAUGUCAGGUGGGACGAAGAAGACGGAGGCGAGGACAAAGGCGAUGACAGGCUAAGCACCCGGUCCAGGCAGAGUGUGAAACAGGGGAUGUGUUGCUGCUUCCAGGCGUUCCACAGGGCUUUUCUACAGUGCGUGGAGGAGACUCCGGCCAUGCUGACUGGACUGGUGCUGUCUUUGGCUUUCUGCGUGGCCCUCAUCGUCCUUAUUUCCACUACAGGAAGGCAAAUCGUGGUCGAUGUAGCUGCUCUGUCGGUGUUAUGUGUGGUUCUCUGUCUGAGUGCCAUCCUGCUCGUCUGCCUGCCCUGGCUGGCCACGGUGAGGCGCUGUGCAGGAGCCCUGGCCCUCUUCGUCUGGGGGACGCUGUACGUCACUGCCAUAGUCUUCAUCUUCACUGGAGGACCCGUCACUACGUGGGAACAGGUGGCGUUUUUCCUCUUCCUCUCACUGAGUGUGUACACAGUGCUGCCUCUCUCUAUGGCCUGGGCCCUCAUGGUUGGGAUUGGGACCAGCAUUUCACACAUCAUAAUCAUCAGCGUCUACGUCCCUGUCCAAAGCCCAAACACACCGGACCUGGCUGUGCAGCUGGUGGCGAAUGCGUUGCUGUUUGUGUGUGUGAACUGCAUCGGGAUUUUCCAUCUGUGGAUGACUGAGCAGGAUCUCAGGAAAUCCAAUCAGAAGAGAGAAGAGUUCAGCGCCAUACGCUCCCGGAAGGAAAUCAGGAAAUAUCAGCAGGAGCAGCUCCUCCUGUCGGUGUUGCCGCGGUACAUCGCCAUGGAGCUGAAGACGGAGGUGAUAAACAGGCUUUUCAAGCCCGAGAGUGACAAGAAGAACAAAUCCAACUCCCACAACUUCCACAGCCUCUACGUACGGAAGCACAGAGACGUCAGCAUCCUGUAUGCCGACAUUGUGGGCUUCACAAAGCUGGCGAGCAGCUGCACCCCAGAGGAGCUAGUCGCUGUGCUCAACAAGCUCUUUGGAAGAUUUGAUGACAUCGCCAAGAAGAAUGGAUGUCUGCGCAUUAAGAUUCUGGGCGACUGUUACUAUUGUGUAUCUGGUCUACCUGACCCCAUUCCCACCCACGCCGGGAACUGUGUUAAGAUGGGGCUGGACAUGUGCAGUGCCAUCAGCAACCUGCGAGAGGCGACCGGGGUUGAGAUCAGUAUGCGGGUCGGUGUCCACACUGGCAACGUGCUCUGUGGUGUGAUUGGCUUGCAGAAGUGGCAGUACGACGUGUGGUCACAUGACGUUACGUUAGCCAACCACAUGGAGUCUGGAGGUCUUCCUGGGCGAGUCCACAUCUCAGAGGAGACGAUGCAGCACUUGAACGGCGCGUAUGAGGUGGAGAUUGGGGACGGGGGGAGUCGGGAUCCUCUUCUUAAAGGAAGAACAACCUACCUGGUGAUUGACCCCCGCAAGCUGGACAGCAUUUCUAGGAGACCUAAAUCGGCAAACCUUCUUGCAUCAGGAGAGAACAGGCAGCGGGCGUCGAUGCGGAUGUCUCAGUACCUGCAGUCCUGGCGGAAUAUCCACCCCUUCGCAGACCUAAGCAACCCUGAAGCCACGCCCACCAACAAGCCUGUCAUCCCCACCAAUGUCGCCAUGAACCAAUCACAGCAGUCUGCAGAAAGACAACCUUGGCAGAACAACCCCAGCUGUUUGGUUGUGGAUAAUGGAGUAAGGGGUUCACUGGACACGCUGGACAAUGCAGGGAGGAGAUUAAAGAAGCUCAACUGUUUGACUCUGCUGUUCAACGAUCUGAGCCUGGAGAAAAAGUUCCGCCUUUCCGAGGUUAAGGGUUUACACCAUUGCAUAAGCUGCAUAGCGUUCAUCUUCGUUACCCUCUUCGCCGUCCAGAUGCUUGUUUCUAAUAAUAACUUCCAGAUGGCAGUAUCGUACGGUGCAACCUUCCCCGUGCUCGUGCUGCUGCUGUCCAUCGCCUUCACUGGAUACCUGGAGAAGUGGCGUACCAAGAUGCCGACGGGUGUUCAGUGGAUAUCGGGGCUGUCCCGUGGCGUCUCCACCAGGGCGGCCCUGCGACUGUUCGUGGUCACUCUCUGCGUGCUCAUCACCCUGCUCAUGGCCUUCCUCAACUUUAUUUUCCUCCCAGGAGGCAACUGCACGUUGAUUACCGACAAGAGGGAGCUGGAGGGUCUGAAGCUCUACACUGGGCCUUAUUACCUGUACUGCUGCUUGCUUGCCAUGCUGGGAGUGAUCGUGUUCGUCCGGACGUGCUUGUCUGUGAAGGCGCUGCUGCUCACGCUGGCUGUGGUUGUUUACCUGGCCCUCUUCCUCCACGUCUACGCCCCGAAGUCCGAUUGCCUCAUCAGGCUGCUGUACUACAACACCACCACCAAGCCUGGGGUGCUGAAAGACCCUCAGAUCAUGUCCGGGGUUUGGCUGGUCAUCUUUUACAUUGUAUGCCUCAUACUGGCCAGACAGGACGAGUUGGGCUGCCGUGUGGACUUCCUGUUGGACCACUGCUUCAAGACGGAGCGAGAGGAGAUGGAGACCAUGGAGAACGUCAACAAGCAGCUCCUUCAGAACGUCCUGCCGCUCCACGUUGCCUCCUUCUUCAUAGGCAAAACUAUUCGCAACCAGGACCUGUACAGUCAGUCGUACGACUGUGUGUGUGUGAUGUUCGCCUCGGUGCCCCAGUUCAAAGAGUUUUACAGCGAGAGCAGUGCCAACAGGGACGGUCUGGAGUGUUUGCGCUUCCUCAACGAGAUCAUAUCAGACUUUGAUGAUCUUCUCUCGAAGCCCAAAUUCUGUUCAGUGGAGAAGAUUAAAACAAUCGGCAGUACGUACAUGGCCGCUGCGGGGCUGAGACACGCGCCUCAACGGGAUGAGAAGAAAGUCGAUAUGUCCUACAGCCAUGUGCGCUCCAUGGUGGAGUUUGCCCUCGCUCUGAUGAGCAAACUGGAGUUUAUCAACACACACUCUUUUAACAGCUUCAAACUCAGGAUCGGAAUAAACCACGGUCCAGUGAUUGCAGGAGUGAUUGGAGCUCAUAAACCUCAGUAUGACAUCUGGGGGAACUCUGUUAACGUGGCCAGCAGGAUGGAUAGCACAGGAGUGUUGGACAAGAUACAGGUGACAGAGGAGACGGCCCAGAUGGUCGAGAGCGUCGGAUACAACGUCACUCUUAGAGGCGUAGUAAACGUCAAAGGCAAAGGGGAGCUCACCACCUACUUUAUUAACAAAGACCAUCCAUUUCCUCUGUUCUGACCGCCACAGUGGAGAUGCUGAACAGACUUAUCGCUCAGACCUGGGGCUCCAAACAACAGCUGCAAAUGCUUGUCAGUGUUUGUUUGAAUGAACCAGAUGGAUUCUGUCUUGCGAACUAACCUGUAAUCAUCGCACACAUCUGCACUGACUUAAGGAGCUGCCUUUGUCUUCCGGAUGAGACACUAAAUAAAAUCCUGACCGGUUAGAUGAAGACAACUGAAAGCAGAGAGCUUUCUACUCAGGGACCAUUUAAUGGCACACUAUGUUGUUUACUGUUAUCUGUAUUAUCCUGUGAAACUACACUAGGUGGGUCACGUCCCCAUUACACACUAUACACUGUAUUAGUCUGAGAACAUAUAAUCUGAAAUUAUUCUUUUUAUAAUGGUACACUUAACAUGGCUGCACACAUGCACAGUGUUCCUAAACCAUUCAUUUAUAAGGUAUCCAUCUUAGAUGUACCACAUAUUACAGUUGUUUUAUGAAGGGUAUUAUAAAGGUAGUUUAUGCCUCAAAUAAGCUUUUUUUGUUCCAUUUAAACCAUUUUAUUUUAAGUUAUUUACAUGUUUUUCACUCCGUUGUGGUUUUACUCAGUUACAAAACAUUACAUUUAUCUUCUAACACAGUUUUUAUUCCACUUUUAAAUGUUUUAUGUGAGAGUAACUUGGUACAGAGCCGUCUGUGUCUUUAAAUGUAGGAAACAUGAAGCAGACAAUUUGUGGAUUUUCUUGGGAGUAAUGUUUGGUUGAAGAGUCACGAGAACAUUCACGGCAUAGAAAAGAAGAAUAAAGACAAGAUUUGUACUGUAUACAUUGUAUUAUCUAUGCUUUUAUUGUGCUAUCCUGGAUAGCGUUUCCAAAUAAAGUAAGGAGCCACUGGUUAAUGGUAUGAUUGCUCUCUGCUGGAGACGGAGAGAUUUACUGCAGCCAUGUUGAUGUAAAUCAUGGUUUAUAUAUGAAACACACAAUGGUGUGUUGUGCCAUGAAAAGUCAGAUAAUGCACAUUUGACAUUGCACUUUUCUAAUAUGUUGUAUUUUUUAAAGGAAGUUCUGCAUUACAAUCCUAAUGUUGAUUGAAUAUUACUCCUUUUCUUUGAAGUAUAUAUUUCUGAGGGAUGAUGUGAAGUGUGAAUGUAAGUGAGUAUGUUUAGUAUAGGGAAAUAUUUUUCUAUUCUAUUUAUAAACUAAUAAAAUAAUAGAAACUAA